CUGAUUAUAGAGACUAUGAACUGAUAUUCAACUACACGUGAUGUCAAGACUACUAGAAGUACAAAGAUCAGUAUUAGAGGAGUUAAAUGUGGUAGAAGAAGCAAUAAGUGAUAGAUUUAAGCGAAAUCCAUCGUUAAACCCUAAAGCCAAAGUAAGUAAAGUGAAAAAGUCUCAGAAACAGAGACUUAUCCAACAGCAUGAGAUUAAACUAUUUGAGGAUAAGUACAUAAGAGGAGCUCGAUUGGUUCUUAACCAUAAGCUACUGGAUAUACUGUCUAUUAGGGAUGAAAUAAGUGACUUGGCAGAUCCAGAAUAUAAGUUUACUCGAUUCGAUGAGCUCUUGGCAGCUAUUAAAGAUAAGCAUCAUGAUGAUAUACAAACACAAGCAGAGAAUAUAAAGCAACAAUAUCGAAUGUAUUCCGCUAGUAAUGAAGACGAAAAACGUAAGAAUAUCUUAAGUUCAGUAGCCUCUCAUUUGAACUUCUCAGAAUUAUUUACAGAACAAGAAGAUAAUGGGAAGUACUUGAAUUUGACUUCAUCGUAUAAUGAAUUUCAAUUGUGUACAUCCAAUAAUGAAAUCUCUUAUGUUGAAUAUCUUAGCACAUUCACCAAUUUCCCAGUAUCCAAUAUCAAUAACGUCAAUGCAUAUAAAGAAUAUCUCACCAACUUAUCAAACUAUUUACAAUCAUUCAUUGUGAGAACACAUCCACUUUCGAAUUUGGAAGAGUUACUUCUGACUACAAAUUCAUCAACCACCACCAAAUCCGAGUCAAAUGACUUAUUUUGUGAAGCCUGUCAUAAACUCUUCACCAAAUCUACUGUGUAUGAUGCCCAUCUUCUGGGUAAGAAACACAUUAAAAACUCAAAAGCUUCCCAUUCAGAAAUUAAAUUAUUAGAAACAAAAAUCCAAGAUAUGGCUAAUGUAUUAAAAACUUGGAAAGAUGCAACCAUAGCCAAUACAGAACGAAGAUUAACUAUGACUCAAAGAGAAAGAGAACUUGAAAGAUUAAAAGCUACAGAAGAAUCAGAAGAAGAUAUUGAUUCAUCUGAUUCCAGUGAAUCUGAUAAUGAUGACGAAGAUUCGUACUAUAAAAAUCUUCCUCUUGGAGCUGAUGGGAAACCUAUUCCAUUUUGGUUAUACAAACUUCAAGGUUUACAUAAAACGUACAGUUGCGAAAUCUGUGGAGAUAUUACGUAUAAGGGUAAAAGUGUGUUUGUUAAACACUUUGGAGGUCCUAAACAUCAAUAUGGACUUAAAUUUAUUGGUGUAGAAGAUGAAUAUAUGAGUCUUUUCAAGAGCAUUAUAUCUAUUGAAGAGGCACAAAAGUUAUGGAAUACCUUAAAACAGAGUAAAAAGCAAAAGGAUGGAGAUAUAGAGACAGCUGUAGAAGUAGAAGACUCCGAAGGUAAUGUUAUGUCCGAAAAGGAUUACUUAGAUUUAAAGAAGCAAGGUUUACUAUAGUUUACUAUAGUUUACUUUAGGUACUUUAGUUAAGUUGUAUAGAUUAGAUGAGCAUACUUAGUAGUGCCCAUAAUAGAUAAUUUUUUCGCUUGAGUUUAAGU